AUGGAUACCACGCCGUCAAAGCCUCUCGGCAACACCACCACCACGAUGGACUUUGGCAUCAAGCCCGCCACGGCCGACGACAUGGCUGAGAUCGCAGAGCUCACCAACAAAGCCCGCGCCGAGAUGUUCCCCCACCUGGGCCCGGAAUGGCGCGCCAAAAGGGCCGAGACCGACGCGGCCAUCUUCGAGGAGACGUUCUUCCAUCACCCGCAAGGGGCGUACCUGAUCGCCCGCUCGGCCGGCAAGCUGAUCGCGACCAUCGGGUACCAGCACUACGACCACCGGUUCCCGGGGCUCGACCUGCGGUCCGGGGAUGACGUCGUCGAGGUCGUCAGGCUGUACGUCGACCCGGACUGGCGCCGCGGCGGGCUGGCUUCGAAGCUGGUCGCCGCCCUGGUGCAGUCGGCGAGGGACGCUGGCUUGAAGCAGCUUUACCUGCAUACGCACCCCUUUCUGCCUGGCGCAAUCAAGUUCUGGGAGCGACAGGGGUUUACUCUCCUGUGGGUGGAUGUGGAUGACCCGGUGUGGCAGACGACGCAUAUGAGUCGAAGUCUGGAGGAGUAG